UCUAAAGAAUUUCUCAGGCUCAAAAUCCAAUACAGGAGUGACUUGGAACUCCAUUCUAUCACUAUGAAGAAAAGUGGUGUUCUUUUCCUCUUGGGCAUCAUCUUGCUGGUUCUGAUUGGAGUGCAAGGAACCCCAGUAGUGAGGAAGGGUCGCUGUUCCUGCAUCAGCACCAACCAAGGGACUAUCCACCUACAAUCCUUGAAAGACCUUAAACAAUUUGCCCGAAGCCCUUCCUGCGAAAAAAUUGAAAUCAUUGCUACACUGAAGAAUGGAGAUCAAACAUGUCUAAACCCAGAUUCAGCAGAUGUGAAGGAACUGAUUAAAAAGUGGGAGAAACAGGUCAGCCAAAAGAAAAAGCAAAAGAAUGGGAAAAAACAUCAAAAAAAGAAAGUUCCGAAAGUUCGAAAAUCCCAACGUUCUCGUCAAAAGAAGACUACAUAAGAAACCACUUCACCAAUAAGUAUUCUGUGUUAAAAAUGUUCUAUUUUAAUUAUACCGCUAUCAUUCCAAAGGAGGAUGGCAUAUAAUACAAAGGCUUAUUAAUUUGACUAGAAAAUUUAAAACAUUACUCUGAAGUUGUAACUAAAGUUAGAAAGUUGAUUUUAAGAAUCCAAACAUUAAGAA